AUGGAUGAGGUCUUACAUAAUACCGCCUUACAUAAUCACUCCUCCAGGCAGCUCGAUUCUCCGACUUCCCACUGGCGGGCACGUCACAGGCAAGUCGCAAGAGAAUGGAAAGGGACAGUCUCCACUUCUCGUCCACGCCAGCCAGUGUCUGGCCUUCACUCCACUGCUCCAGCCACGGCUCAGUCCACCGAGCUCGCAUCGCACAGCACCGCAGCACUGCCUAGUCGGUCCUUAGCACUCGCCUCGAGCCAGCUUAACCUGACGGGACUCCAUCGUCAGCCUUCCAACGAACCCCCCGGGACCUCACCUCGCAACCCUUUUCGCAGCCGCGUGCGCCGACGACACACCUCCGACAUCUGCGCCCUCAUCCAUCGCGCAAUUAUUCCGACUGCAAUCGAUCCACUCCGACUCUGUCGUUUGUCCUCUUCAUCAAUGAGCCACAACUGA